AUGGCGCAACAUCUCCGGCCCUCGUUGUGGCGGUAGGCUUGGUGCUCUCCCGCUUCUGUCUGCUGCGGUGGCUGUGCGAAGCGAAUGUGUUCGGUAAUUUUUUUCCUGACGUGACUGACGUUCCCCGUGAAUUGUUUUCGUUAGUAAGUGCACUCUAGUUUGGACUGUGGGAACUGAUGCCGAGAUGGAGACGCACGACGGCGCACAGACCACCACCGAACAGGUGACUGGCGGUCCCGCUGAAGACGCCGGACUGGACACGAAGUGUGUAUUUUGUAAGCAGGACGUUUCGGAAACUAGCGAGCCACAGCUACUGCCGUGUCUGCACACCGCCUGCAAGCUAUGCAUCCCGACAGAUCCCACCGUCCGGUGCGCAGAGUGCCAGCAGGAGAUCUCCAGUACGGACGUGAUCAGUCACUUGUUCCUAAUGGAGCACCUGGCUAGCAACAGCGAGGCCAAGACGGGUGAGACAACAGGGACACACACGUGCACAAGCUGCGAGGACAGUGCGACCGCUACAGGCUUCUGCGUGGACUGCCAAGACUGGCUGUGCCAAGCUUGCAUAGAUGCCCACCAGCGCGUCCGCGUCACCAAGGACCACACAAUCCGUGCCAAGGAUGAACUCGAGGGAGACAAGCCGGCCGCUCUCGGUCAAAAGUACAUGUUCUGCGAGAAUCACAAGCAGGAACAACUUAAACUGUACUGCGAGACAUGUGACAAGCUGACAUGUCGUGACUGCCAACUCCAGGAGCACAAAGAUCACAAGUAUCAGUUCAUUUCAUCAGCAUGUGAGCAACAAAAGAGCAACCUUAACGGCUUGCUGGCCAAGAUCCGUGAGAAGCAAUCGUACAUCGAGGGCGCCCGCAACCUGGUGAGCAAACGGCACCACGAAAUCACCCAGCAAGAGCAAAAGGUUACCAGUGACAUCAAAAUGUUCGCUGUCAGGUUCAUCACUGAAAUCAACAAGCGAGGCAAGUUGCUGCUCCAGGAGCUCAACGACAUCUGCAACAAGAAAAAGUUGCAGCUCUCGUCCAAGAAUGAGGAGCUGAUGGCUCUCUCGCUGAAACUCGCACAGUGCCACAAGUUUGCCGAGGCCGCGAUUAACCGUGGAAGCGAUGUGGCACUCGUUUUUAGCAAGAAAACCAUCUGCAAUCAGAUGCGGACGGUGCUGAAGACUCGCUGUGAAAUCCCCAACCCACAGCAUGUGGUGGACAUCAAGUUCCUAUAUGAGGCCGACUUCCUCACAAACUACAUUGGGGACCUGGGUUGCAUCCUGGUCGACCAACAGGCCAUUGUUGGCAACCCACCGUGGUCUGCCUCUGCCAAGGCAGCAGCCCUUAACCAGCAUCGUGGUGGGCCGCCUCCCGACACAGUGUCUUCAGCACAGCAGCAACAGCAGCAGCAACAAACACAACAACAACAACAACAACAGCCUGUCCCCCGGUACCCUGAAGGUUUCCACCCUGCAAUGCCGACUGGCCCAGGGCCUGGACUUUAUCACCAUUUGCCCUAUUCACAGAUGUGGCCGGCUAUGUCGGAGCAGUUCUCUCCGCAGCAGCGGCAGGGACCUAUGGGUGCAGUGCAUGGGAUACCUCCUGGCGUGCGCCCGCCUCCCUAUCCCGGCCCCAACCCGUAUGCGGUGCCGGGAGGGGGCUACCCGGGGGCUCCUCCCCCACAGCUGCGUCAUCUGCUGAACCAGGGCCCCAUGAACCAGAAGGGAGGUGCCAGCAUGGCUGCCCUCAGCCACAUGGCUCGUAUGGGGCCCUCAGCGGCAGGUGGAACGUACACCCUGCAGAAGAGCCCUCAUCCACCACCUCAACAUCCCAGUCAGGCGAUGCGCCCACAGCCAGGCGUGCGGCAGCAGCAUGGCAUGCCGUCACACCAGGCGCUUGCUGCCCAGCAGGCAGCCAUGAUGAGGCAGCAGCAGCUGCAUCACAUGCAACAGCAACAGCAGCAUCACCAACAGCAACAGCAGCAUCACCAGCAGCAGCAGCAGCAACAUCACCAGCAACAGCAGCACCAUCAGCAGCAGCAACAGCAGCAGCAACAUCACCAGCAACAGCAGCACCAUCAGCAGCAGCAGCAACAACAGCAACAGCAACAGCAACAGCAGCAGCAGCAGCAACAACAGAUGCCGACCUCUGCCAGUGUUCCUAUCACUCUUAACUCGAGCAUUACCAUAUCCCCCGUGACUACCGAUAAGUCGAGGCCAGCGCCCGUGAGUGGUCUACCCAGGCCACCGCCGCUGGCACCCGGCGUACAAAUCAUACCACAGCCUGCCCCCAAGGUGAUCAUGUUGGACACGGCAGCCGCUCGAGCAGCGGCCCUCCAGCAACAGCAGAUGCGCAGAGCGUCAAGCUCGCGGGACGGCACGCCUCCCUCCACGAGCCGUCUUCCGUCGCACCUGGUGGCAGGCAGCACGAGCUCGGGGUCUGGUUCGCCACGCCUGCCUGAAACCAGCGUUCUCGAACGAGUCCUCCUAGGAGCUGUCGGGGAUGCGUCUGAUUUGUCUGGCAGGAACAGUGCCAUCACCAUCACGCCUGUGGGGGCAGCGCCCUCUUCCACUUCGUCCUCCUCGUCGUCACGCACUGCGUCCCCAUCGGUGUCCGUGGUGCGCAUCAAGGAGGAGCCAAAGUCGCCUGAGCAGCAGCUGCCCUCGUGCAGCGGUGACGCGGGUCCGUCAUCAAACACGCUGCGCAGCUCAGCAUCGCCAGCCGAGACAGCCGCGGGGCUCGCCUCUAGGUCUCUGAAUGACUUUGCAAAUCGGUCUAUAGGAAACCUACUUCAGUCUACUGGCUCGAAGGACACAAGUCAGGAGAAGGGUUCCCAAGGUGGCCAGCCCCAAGCAGACAGCAGCUGCAGCCCUUCCUCCAUAGCUGAGCCGGUCUGCAGCAGUUCCUCCCGCACCGCAUCUACGGUGUCCGCGUCCACGGCCAACUCGACCACCGUGGCGCCGGCAGGUUCCGGGGGCGUCCAGGACUGCUUCGAGGACCUCUCAACUCUGGAGGAGCUGCUCAAGAUCGGCGACAAGAGCUUCGACUUGCCCGCGCAGGACGCCUCUUCUUCCUCUUCUUCGACCAUGGCCGUGGCCACUAGCAAUGGCCCAACGGCUGCCUCCAACGGUUCUUCUGCAGCGCAGGCCUCGCCUUCCUCGCGCACCCCACCGACACAGAACAGCGGCGGGGGCGACACAGCCAAUGGGACGGGACUGAAGAUAGUAGAGACGCACAGCCUGCAGAGCUCGGACCCAAACGAGGACUGGUGCUCAGUGUGCCACGAUGGCGGCGAGCUGCUUUGUUGUGGCUCCUGUCCGCGUGUCUACCACCUACAGUGCCAUGUGCCCUCCUUGGGGGCAACACCCAGUGAGGACUGGACCUGCCUUCUAUGCCUCGACAUCCUCAAGUGUAACAUUCCUCGGGAGUCAGCGGGCUCCAAGCGAAAGACUCCCGUGGGACUCAGUGGGAGGGAGCUUUUGAUAUGCGAAAGGAUCCUGCUUCACCUGUUCUGCCACGAGUUGAGUGUACCGUUCCACAUUCCUGUCAGUCGAACGGUCCCCAACUACUACAAGGUGAUCACUAAGCCCAUGGAUCUGACGACAAUAAAGCAGAAGCUCUCGCCGUCUCACUUCAAUCACUAUGAGGAUGUGCCCGAGUUCCUUGCGGAUGUCAAGCUCAUCUUCAAGAACUGCUACACCUUCAAUCAUAAGGCUAUUGAUGGUUAUAAAGUAUGGAAUAAAGGCAAUAUCUACAAGGCAUUCGCAAAGGAGUCUCAGGUGUGUCAACAGGCACGAACCCUGGAGCGGGACUUUGAUGCCCUGGUCCAGCAGUUCUUGCCCGAGCACUACGCCGAGCUAAGAGAUGCCCAGCCCGACCCGCAGCCGGGCUAUGAGUCUGACCCCGAGCGCCGCAAGAGGGCCCGCACGUCCUCCACAUCUUCCUCACCUCCUGAGCAGACAGUGAUUCUAUCCUGAUGAUGUACAGAAGCUGGAGAUGCAAAUAUUGCAAGGCUUCCAUGCGUGCUCCCAGUGAAAUAAAGUGAAGCCCUGACAUGUCACUUUCUCGGACACCAAGUUCUGGACACCGAGUUCUGCAACUGUUGCGCUUCCCACCAUUCAACGAACUGAGCCUAUUUAUUGUUUCUUGUAACCGCACAGCAAGUCGGUGAAAAGACAGUGUGUCGUCAGUGUCUUAAGUUGUUCUCCCCCUUCGCAUCGUUUUGUUUUGUCUGGUGUGUGACAUCCUUGCAUUUUUCUCUUCAGGGUCUAGACCAAUCUACAUGCAUAUAUAUGUAUAUAUAUAUACACGCAUAAAUAUAAAAAGGAAAAGUCUUGUUAAACCAAA